GUAUAUGGAUCCUCACCGAAUAGUUUCCUCAACAACGAAGAAGAAGAAUCGCAGUGAGUUCUCGGUUUUAGAAGCUUUCUUCUUCUUCUUCGACUGAGAGUCAAUGGCGAACAGCAAUCUUCCUCGAAGAAUUAUCAAGGAGACGCAGAGGCUUCUCACUGAACCCGCGCCAGGAAUCAGUGCUUCUCCUUCAGAAGACAAUAUGCGGUACUUUAAUGUAAUGAUCCUUGGUCCCUCCCAGUCUCCAUAUGAAGGUGGGGUUUUCAAGUUGGAACUAUUUUUGCCUGAGGAAUAUCCGAUGGCAGCUCCCAAGGUUCGCUUCUUGACCAAAAUUUAUCAUCCUAACAUUGAUAAGCUUGGAAGAAUAUGCCUUGAUAUUCUGAAAGAUAAAUGGAGCCCUGCCCUCCAAAUCCGAACAGUCUUGUUAAGCAUCCAAGCACUGUUGAGCGCUCCAAACCCUGAUGAUCCACUCUCAGAGAACAUUGCAAAACAUUGGAAGACCGAUGAAGCUGAGGCUGUGGAAACAGCCAAGGAAUGGACUCGUUUGUACGCAACUGGCGCAUGACGAUGGGAGUGUUGGUUUCUCACAUUUAUCGUUUCUGCUACAUAUCAAUGCCAAAGCAAGCAACUAUCUAUGUUGGUUCUGAAAUUGGAAACGGAAAUGAAUGAAAAAAUAAUAAUAAUAAAAAAAAGUAUCGAAGUUGAAUAUUCUGGAGUUGUAAUGUUGUCUAGCUGUUCAAAACUGCUGGCUGAUGAGGGCCUUUCAUCUCUGAAAAGUGCAUCCUUCGAGAAUUGUAUGAUAAGUGAGUGCUUGUUUAAUUAGCUCCA